AUGCCCAUGAUCGGUCCAGAUUGCGGGUUCGUCAGGGGGCAAACUCGUGCAUCUCAUCACCCUGUUAUAGAACCUACUUUUACGAGCAGGACAUCGACGUUUAAAGUCGAGAUUACGACGACGGUCACGACACCCAAUGGUCCGGACAGUUCAACGUGCUGGACUGUUACCCUUCAGGCUGCCAGAGAAGCGCUACUCACUGUUCAAGACGGACGGACUGACCGACCCGAUUUCAACCAAGGGUUUCUCACCGCCAGCUUCAAAUCCAGUGGCCAGAGCUACGUAGACGUGCGGUGCUGCUUACCGCGGAACGGAAGAAGCUGGGCAACGGGAAACAUAAAAUGGAACACCGAUUUUGAUGCAGCCAAUCCACCAGCUACAAACCCUUGUCUGAGACUGGUUGAAAGGACUACAGCCAUGAUGUCGGCAAACUGGAACUACAAAACCUUCGCAUUUAGGACUUGA